AUGUCUUUCUCGCAACCGGAACCGAAUACUCUUUACAUUUCUCUCACAUUCCUUUCAAAGGACCCAAGGAAGAACUAUUAUGUGAGUAACGGUCUACGUGUAUUCAAGUCACGGCUAAUCAGAGACUCCAAGCACUGGACUUUGUAUGCCACUGGGAACAACCCACCUGAGGGAACAAAAUUCCACGCCACCGAUCAUGGAAACUCAAAGAAUCCUCUUAAAUAUGAGGAUGAAAGGUUUGUCAAUCCCCUACGCUCAAAGAACUUGGUCGUAUGCCUCAAGGUUGGCUAUGCGGACUCUCACCAGGCAAUUCGCCAGUCUGAAGAAAGUUCCGCUGGGAAGUUCGAGAGCUCUUCCUCGGCGCGAGAGCAGAUGGUCAUGCCGUGUGUUCCUCCUUCAAGGCCUCAAACAGCUCAAUGA